AAGUCUUUCCAGGAUCAGGAGCUGCGGGACCCGACACACUGCACCGAGACACUGGAGAGACCGGGGACACUGCACAGAGACACUGGAGAGAGCCGGGACACUGCACAGAGACACCGGAGAGAGCGGGAACACUGCACCGAGACACUGGAGAGAGCCGGGACACUGCACCAAGACACUGCAGAGACCGAGACACUGGAGAGAGCCGGGACACUGCACCAAGACACUGGAGAAAGACGGUGCACUGCACUCUGAGACACUGGAGAGAGCAGGAACACUGCACCGAGACACUGGAGAAAGCCGGGACACUGCACCAAGACACUGGAGACAGCCGGGAAAUUACACCGAGACACUGAAGUAAGCCGGGACACUGCGCUGAGACACUGGAGAGAGCCGGGACACUGCACUGACACACUGGAGAGAGCUGGGAAACUACACUGAGACACGGGAGAAAGCCAGGAUACUGCGCCGAGACACCAGAGUAAGCCGGGACACUGCACCAAGACACUGGAGAAAGCCGGGACACUGCACUGAAACACUGGACGGGAGGCGGCUGCAGCUGGCGCGGGAGGAGGAGUUUCUGCACAUCCUACUGACCAGCCGUGGUGUCUGCAUCUUCUCACAGAGCUCUGUCCUGCAACCAUGAGAGGAAGCCGCAAGUAUAGACACGUUAUUGAGACCCCAGAGCCCGGCAAGUGGGAGCUGGCCGGCUAUGAGGAGACUCUGCCAAUCAGUGAGAAGUCCAGUCCUAUGACCAGAGAGCUAGACAAAGCUGACCCCAGUCAGAUCGUCCAGCUCCUGAGGGACUGCGAUGCUGAGAUAUUUCAGGAGGAAGAUGCCACCAUCGCCAAUUAUAAGAGACUGUACAGCGACUCCAUACUGAAUACAGUAGCGAACAUUGCUAAGAGGGCGCAGGAAAUAAUAGAGGAUCCAGACCAUGGCCUGAUUGUGUUGAGCGGUUGUGGAACAUCUGGACGACUGGCGCUGCUGCUUGCGAGUUCCUUUAAUCGGCUGCUGAGAGGGCUUCACAAGACCCCAUGCUACACAUACAUCAUUGCUGGAGGGGACAGAUGUGUUGUGACAGCAGCGGAUGCACCUGAGGACAACCCGAACCUUGGAGCACAGGAGCUGGAGAAAGUCUGUGAAGGGAAGAAGAAGGUCGUCUUUAUCGGGAUAUCCUGCAGCUUAUCUGCUCCCUACAUUGCUGGUCAGCUGGACUUCUGUAUGAAGAACCUGGAUGUGUUCCUGCCGGUCCUGGUGGGAUAUAAUCCGGUCACUAUGGCCAGGAAUGAGCGGAUAGACGGCUGGCACUCUACAUUCCGACAAGUAGCUGAGCGGAUGCAGAACCUCCAUGACACCCAGAGAGCCUUUGUGCUGAAUCCGGCUGUUGGCCCUGAAGGUGUCUGUGGCUCCUCCCGUAUGAAAGGCGGUAGCGCCACGAAAAUCCUGCUGGAGACGCUGUUCUUAGUGGCGCACAAGGCCAGCUCCAAUGUAGAGGUGACAGAGAAAUGCCUCCUGGAAAUCCUCAGGACCUACGAGCGGGCUCACAAGGUGACAUACUCGCACAGCAAGAAGAUAGCGGCGCUCCUCAAGCAAGCAGGAACAAGCCUACAGAAGAAGGGACAUCUGUACAUCCUGGGCUGGGGAACGUUGGGAAUAAUUGGUAUAAUGGAUGCCGUGGAAUGCGUUUCCUCAUUUCAUGCAGACUGGAGGGAUGUCCGGGGAUUUAUUAAUGGAGGCUAUAGCACUAUAGAGAACAAGGAUGGGGAUUUGUCUUAUCUGGGGUCAGAGUUCGGCGUCUCUCAUGAAGACUUUGUGAGGAGCGUCCUGCCAUCGCUCUCAGAGACGGACACCGUCCUCUUCAUGUUUACCCUGGAUGAUGACCUCGGUGAGGUGGAGAAGCUGAUGGAACUAGUGAAAGAGAAGACCACUAACAUCCAUGCCAUCUCCCACGCCACAGCGGGACAAUACCUGCCGAACUCAACCAAAAACCUCAUCCCAAACAUCAUGGGCAUCACCUGGCCAAUCCUAUUCCUGGAGUACGAGGGAGCCUUCAUCCAGAAGUUCCAGAGGGAGCUGAGCUGCAAGUGGAUCCUGAACACAGUGACCAGCGGCUCCUAUGUCCUCAAGGGGCAGAUUUACCGCAAUUUUAUGGUGGACUUCAGAGUCAGCAAUUCCAAGCACUUCCAGAGAGCGGUGUCUGUGCUGCAGCGGCUGACAGGGCACCCCCCGGCCCGGUGCACAGAAGUGCUCCUCCAAUCCAUUCAUGGGGAACCGGUCCUGACGGAGCAGACAAAGAACGCAGAGGUUUCAAAGCACGUGCAGGUGGCUUCCUGUAAGGACAAAGUCCUUCCUGUGGCCAUUGUGAGUUUGCUGAGGAACUGCUCGGUGCAGGAAUCCAGGACCCGCUUAGACUCCUCCACCACCAUCAGGGCAGCCAUCGAGGCAUCCCUCAGUGUACCGGGAAGGAAAAGGGGGGCUGAGAGCGCAGAGACAGCAGGACGCAGCCGAUAGGCGGCUGGGGAUCCGCUUCCUGAUUAUUGUAUUCUCCUUCUUUAUUUUUUUUGUUUAAAACGUUUACCGAUAAUAUAGAGUUUGUUUGCUGGAAAAGCACAGGAAGCAAACGUAUCCCGGGAAUCCCUAACAAUGACAGAUGCUAUCUAUUGCAUGUGAAAGUGAAUAAAGACAAUAUAUGUGGAGGA